AUGUCGAGGUUUCAGGACAAGGUAGCCUUAGUCACUGGUGGUGCCUCUGGCAUCGGCCUGGCAGUGUCUCAGACUCUGGUGAGAGAUGGAGCAAAAGUGGUGAUCGGCGAUAUCAACAUCGAUCUGGCCAAGAAAUCGGCAGCAGCCAUCGGAUCACGAGCCGUGGCCAUCGAGUUUGAUCAAGGAGACGCGAAGAGCGUCGAGUCUGCCGUUGCGUUCGCGGAAGAAACGUUUGGCGGACUCGAUCUAGCUGUAAAUGCCGCUGCAAUUCAGGGGCCGCUCGGCAAGAUCUUGGAGAUGGACCCAAAAAGCAUCGAAAACGUGUAUAGGGUCAACACCUGUGGUAUAGCGUACUGCCUGCUCUACGAGCUUGCAGCGUUGAAGCGGCGUGGGGGCGGCGCCAUUGUCAAUAUUGCCAGCAUUUCUGGGAUGCGUCCAACACCUGGUCUCGGGGUUUACUCCGCCAGCAAGACGGCUGUGAUCUCGCUCACCAAUGUCGCUGCUGCAGAAUAUGGGCCUGACAACAUCCGUGUCAACGCCAUCAGUCCAGGCUAUGUGGACACCCCUCUACUCGACCAACGAUUGGAUCGGAAAUGGAUCGCAUCUAUCACCCCGAGCAGGAGAUGUGGCCAGCCUCAAGACCUGGCUGAUGCUAUCUGCUUCAUGCUAUCAGACGAUGCCAGACAGAUCUCUGGCACGAAUCUGCAGGUUGACGGAGGACUGAUCGCUUCAUUCUCGAUAGUUCCUCCAGACCCGGAGUGA